GGAAGACACAGGUACUCAACUCAAUCUGUAGUAUUUCCUUCAUUCCAAACCCUUCCUGCAUUUCAAUAGACACGCCUCUCUCCAAGACAUCCAAGCCACAACAUCUGAUACUUGCCUUCUACUAGAGACAUCCUUGAAAUCCCUUCCACCAAGAUGCGUGUCUCAACCCCUCUCUUCGGCAGCUUGAGCAUGUUGCUCCUGCAAGUCAAGGCCCAGGACAGCUCCGAUGAGGGUGGUCAAACUAUCACCGGCGGGAUCUCCGGAAAUGGCGGCACUGUAAUAAUUGACGGCACAACCGUCAGCAACUGCCCUGGUGAGGUCCUCUCGACGUCGACAGGCAGCUUGAAUGGCGUAUUUUGCUGCAUUGAGGAAGACCCCUCGACCGUCAGCGCUUCGAUGUGCGCCGGCUACCCGUUUUGUUCCGACUCGACAGCUGUAGCGAUGUCCAUCAACACUCCAUCAUGUGUAACCAUGAUACCUGCCACGGCUAGCAACUAUGAUCAGCUUGUUGCAUCAGCAACCAGUAGUGUCGGCAAUGGCGGUUCGAAUGGCGGUUCAUCGACGGCCGCAGCGUCGCCUGGAAGCACGACCUCUUCAGGGCCACAAGAGACCUCUGCCCAAAGCUCGGGCAGUCAAUCAGCCAGUGCUACUGCAACCAGCUCAACGUCUGGUAAUGAAGCAGCUGGCAUGGCAAAGGUGCCACUGGGAUGGAUGUGUGUUGGAACCGGCCUGGGUGCUCUUGCUGGCGUUCUCGCAGCCGUCAUUUAAGAAGGGAUUGCACGAGUCAAGACCUCCAGAUAGCCAUCGAAUACUCCAGGUCCAGCCUGAUAUCCUACCUCUAUUACUCGAGAAUGAAAGACCUGAUCACCAUAUGCGGUUUAACCCUAGAGAUUGAACGAAGGAGCGAAGGAUGCUUUAGCCUGACCUUUAGCUGAGCCCUUGGCUGAGC